CGUGGGAUAUUCCGUCCCGUCUUCCUACUGUGGGGGGGUUUUCAGCUAACUCCAGCUGUGUGUCAUCUCUCUCUGUCUUUCUCUCGCCAUGGAACGUCAGUUCUUGCGCGAUCUCUCAAGAAGGCGCUGGAGAGAUCAUGGAUUUCGACCGCGGCUGCCUCAAUUCGCCGGAUCGCUGCGGAAAAAUGUGGAUUCCAGGCCGCGCUCUUCCGGUAAUUCGUCUUUGCCCGCUCCAGUGGCCCUAGUCCGUGCAGGUUUUCGUCACGGGUGCUGACUCUGGUCGGCGACAGCGAGCGCUGCAUUGGAGCUGGCGAGAAUUGGCCAGUGAGCGGCAGCGCGGCAGCGCAUUGGAAUCUUUCAGGUGGAAAUUUCGGUGGGAUAGAUCUUGAUGAGGCUGCUGCUGGUGUAGACGAUGCCGCUAGUGAGAUAUGAGCUCCGUAGUGAGUAUGAGCUCGCCAAUCGAGAGCUCUACAGGUCGGCACCGAAAAAUGACCCGGAGGCGAUCCUCGAGGGCGUCUCCAUGGUCAGCCUCGUCGGCAUUGUGAGGCAACUUGGAGAUCUAGCAGAGUUUGCGGCGGAUGUGUUCCACGAGCUCCAUGAAGCCGUCAUGACGACUGCUUCCAGGAGCCAUGACCUCGUCGUGCGUGUUAGUCAGCUGGAAGGAGAAUUGCCUGCGUUGGAGAAGGCUAUACUAUCUAGAAAGACGAAUCCUCUCCAGUUUCCUUACGCUCCAGGUCUUGACUGGCAUGCAAGCAUUCGAAACGAUCAAAACCUUUGCACGCAAGGCGACUUGCCUCGCUUUAUCAGGAGUUCUUACGAGGAAUGUCGGGGUCCUCCGAGGCUUUUUCUCUUGGACAAGUUUGAUGUCGGUGGUGUUGGAGCUUGCCUGAAGCGGUACACGGAUCCAUCGUUUUUUAAGAUGGAAUGGGCGAGCUCCGAAAUUAUGAAAGCGGAGAAGGCACAACAAGACAAAAAAGCUCGAAGAAGCAAAAAACCUCGACGUCGGAAGGAAGGGGAGGUAAAAGACUCGAGGCCUCCCCCUGUCCAGUUUCAGCACCCGAGGGCGCGAUACUCAACUAUAAGCGUCUCUAGUGUCGAUGGCCUAUCUGAAAGCGCCACCACUCCCUUGACGAACAUGGCCGUAGAGAGCGACCCAUCCAGCAAGCCGUUUCCAUUUGUCACUUUUCUGGGCGGAUCACAGCAGAGCUCGAAGGAAAGCACAGUCAGCCUAAGCGGCAAGUCCCCCAUGUCAGUAAGAAAAUCAGUAUCAAAGCCUGUGGCUGCGGCGGAUAAAGAGGAAGAAGAUCGGAUCUUUAAAGAGAGCAGCAGCAAGACAAUAGAGGGAGAUACUGCGACGAGGAAGGAAGAAAAAGUCGAUGAUGCUGCAAGUGACACAGAGCAAUUUUUGGAUGCCAUGACGACCAUGGAAUCCGAGACAGAUUCUGAACCAAGAGAGAAGCGGAGGCUUUCAAAUUUUAGACAAUCCAAGGUGGUGAGAACUAAGAAGGCAGAGAAUGACGAAGACGCUCCUUUCGAAGAUGCUAGAAACUUGGCAAUCGAUUCAGAGACAGAAGCUGAGUCCAAGUACAGCCUCGACUUAACACCGAUUUCAGUAGAGCCUCGAUCUCCUGUUCAUCACGAGAACGUUCAACUAAGUUACGAAGUAAUGAACGUAGAAAACGAUGCGAAGGUGGAUGUUGAUAGGCCAGAUGAAGUACCCGACCAUCCAAACAUUUCUGAAGACUUGAGGCUGGAAUAUGAAGACAGAGAUUUGACGGACGAUGAAGGGGAGUAUCCAGAGAAAGAUCUGCCACCUGAGGAUGAGAACAGGCUGGAAUAUCCAGAGGAGGAGGAUUUUGAAGUUGAAUCAAGAACCACAUAUAUGAACGACGUCUUGGAAUUGGAAAAUGAAGAAAAGAAGCUACUUGAGCUUCAUCAGGAUAGCUCUGGCGUUGUCGAAGAUGUAAACAGAGCAACCUCACCGGCGAAAGCGGCAUCUCGUACCAGCAACGAAAGAGACGUGAAUGAACGUGAUGAUAUAGUGGAUGAAGCAGCUUUGGCAUCGGACAAGGACUACAUCGAAGAGAGCCCUGACGACGAAGGAGCUGCUCUCGAGUCCACAGAAAUUUCUGACGCAGAAGUGGACAAGCAGAAGGCUGAAGAAACUGAAGAGCAGAAGAUUACCUCGGAGCUGGAAGACGAGGAACCGUUCGAUGUCGAAGUUAUUCAAGUCAUUGGAGAUAAUGGGGACACAAAGAAGGAAGUUGAAUUCGAGCCAUUGCUUGCAUCUGAUGACGAGGGAACCAUUGAAGACAACGAGAAAAGAGAAGACGAAGCAGACGAUCAUGAAGAACGUCUAUCUGAAACCAAAGCCAACGUUCAUGAAAUUGCUGAUACUUCUGAUGCUCCGCGCCAGACUGAAACAGUGACUCGGGAAGAAUCAGCUAGUUUUCUGGUUAGAGAAGCUGAAAUUUCGAGAGAGGAAUCAGCCGAGGUUUACCGUGCGACAGAGGUGGCAGAGCAGGCGGUUUCAGGGCACAGUCGUGAUAGUAAUGCUAUCCAAGAGGAUGAACCUGAGCAGCAUAUCAUCGGUUUGGAAAACGUUCAAACAAAAGCAGCUCCCGCCCUUGAACGAAACGAAAGCUUGCAAGCGAGCAGUCCCAUGGAUGUUUUCGAGUCUGCAAGCAGCCAGGAAAACUUUUUCAGCGAGGAAAUCUCAUCCAGGUUCAGUGCGUUUUCCGACGAGAACAACACCCCCAAUAAUGAAUUGGAGGUCGAGGAACUUUACUCCAUGCACGAUGGGUACUCGGCAGAUGACGACUCAAUGAGAAAUGGUCAUUCAGAAGCAGCAUCGGAACUACAUUGGACACCUGCGGGGUCUACUGCUCCAAGUGGAGAUGGAAAGCUGGAAAUUCAACAACAGAACGAGGCAGAAAGAGAUCUCAGCAAAGAUGGGAAAGAGUCAGAUGAACGUGAAGGUUCCACGGUGGACGUAAACCAGCAGCUUUUAUCUCGACUUCACGAUUUAAGUGCGCAACAACACGAGGACGAACUGGUACACAGUCUUCCCUCGGAUAGUAAAGCGCAAGGAAACGAAAUCGGCAAUCAUAAGGUGGACUCCGAUGACGACAACGAGGUGGAUCUCGAUCGCCAAAUGGAUAAGCAAGACGUGGAAGAGCAUCAACAACACGCUGAAAGCACUAUUUCCAGCAGUCGUCAGCUGGAGGAAAUCGAACGUCCCACAAGUCAACAAGCCUCUCCGAAGUUGCAAGCUUUUGACACCUCAAAGAGCGAUGGUGAUGCUAUAUGGGCAGCGGAAGACAACACGUCUGACAAGUCGGAGGAAUCUUUGAGCUCCUCCCCAAGGUCUCCAGUUUUCGGCGUCCUGUCACCCGCUAAAUCGGCAGACAGCCUUGAAAGCGAAGUUGCAACGAUACUGGCGCCGAGUUCUCCAACGUCCCAGUCGAUGCCGUCUCCAAUGCCGGAAGAAAUGCCACCGCUACCUCCACUGCCUCCACUAAGGUGGCGGACUUCGUUGUUCAUGCCAAGGGACAGCGGACUAUUCCAACGCGAGCCUCCAAGCUUGGAAGUUGGCGCUGGUGAUCAUCUCGCUUCAGCGCAUGAGCCUCCUCCACAAGUAUUGGUGGCGUCAGAGACUUCUCCAUUCCAAGCUGUAGACUCGCCGGAGCCUCAGCCACUGGAGGAUACCAUCGACAGGAUUUCCUCACAGCCAGAAACGUUAGUCGACAAGCCACUUCCAGAUUUACACUUGCCGGAUCCGGAGCCACCUUCACAACCUUCCAGCUUCUUGUCACGGUCAAUCGACGUGGACAGUUUGGAACAACAUCCAAGCUCGCAAAGCUUGGCCAACAAAAAUAUUUCAAACGACGAUCCAGCUGAUGCCAUUCCUGUGUCUACAAUGGAUGAGUUUCGGGAAGAGGCUGAAUCGCAAGAGCCGAGUGAUCCAGAAACAUCUCCUAGGACUGUCCCGUUGACGGUGGCUGACGUACCUCCAGCGCUACUCGUUGACGACAGCCAGUCGCUCGCAGCAACUGGCUUGUCUCAUCCGGAUGACAAAACUUGUCCCGAUGCAACAGUGCACGAAUCCUUGGUGCCACCUCCAGCCGAAGACAAUGAGGUGCCUACAAUUGCAUCAGCCAGAGAAGAUUUGUCACAUCUCGACGACAGUCAACCGCUUAUGGAAGUUUCGGUGUUCGCUCCCGCUUCACCGCUCACGGAACAGCUCCCCGGUCCAGGACCUGUGGCAGAAGCUCGCGGCCUGCCAGAAUCAUCGCUGCCACCUCAAGGUCACUCGCCUACAGAUGCUAGCGAAUCUCCACAAGCUCCUUCGUCACCAAGAACUUUUGACGACUUGCGGGAAGCGUCUGUGCCACCUCAAAGCCACUCGCCAGGAACUAUCGACGACUUGCGAGAAGUGUCCGUGCCACCUCUCAGUCACUCGCCUACAGCUGCUAGAGAUUCUCCACAAGCUCCUUGGUCGCCAGGAACUAUAGACGACUUGCGGGAAGCGUCUGUGCCACCUCAAAGCCACUCGCCAGGAACUAUCGACGACUUGCGAGAAGUGUCCGUGCCACCUCUCAGUCACUCGCCUACAGCUGCUAGAGAUUCUCCACAAGCUCCUUGGUCGCCAGGAACUAUCGACGACUUGCAAGAAGUAUCCGUGCCACCUCAAACCCACUGGCCUACAGAUGCUAAAGAAUCUCCACGAGCUCCUUCGUCACCAGGAACUAUAGACGACGUGCGAGAAGUGUCCGUGCCACCUCGUAGCCCGUCCCCGACAAAGGAGUUCCCAGACGCAUCCUCGCCAGUUCAAGCUGCUCAAACUCAACCUCAGUCGCCUGUAAGAACAGAAGUAUCCAUACCAUUACAGAGCCCGGAGUCGUUCACGGCGUCAAAGGACUCGCCAGAGGCACUCGUGCUACAUCCAGUAGGAGAGCAGUCGGUGGAUCCACCAGAGGUUUUGAAGUCACCUCCAUCUCGUCCUGUCGAUGACAGCCCGACACCCCCACCACCACGAGGCAAUCUGGACGAGGAGCCAGAAACUUUUCCAGCUGAUGCGCCAUCACCCUCCAGGAAAGAUUUGCCGGGUGAUGCUCUGAUACAAGCAAUCUCCGUGCAUGACAGGACCAAGCUCAAGAGGGUGCCGUCGGACGUCCCGGGUGUGCCAAAAGCUCCUGACGAACGGGAAGUUUUGCUGGAGCAAAUCCGUUCCCAGUCCUUCAACCUCCGGCACACGAUCGUAGAGAAGAAGGAAAUCAAGGAGACGACCCCGCGUCUUGUCACAAACAUUAACGUGGCUGCCAUCCUGGAGAAAGCAAACGCGAUCAGACAGUCUCUCGCGGACAGUGAAGACGAGGAAGACGAUUGGAGCGAGUGACGUUCGCUACUUUGCGCUUCCAAUUGGAAGAACUCUUGACGGAUCCAAAAUUCUAUCGCAACAUUGCAACGUUCCAAAGGAGGGUCAAAGUUUCCGCCAGAGAUUCUUCGAUGUUCUCUUUUUGCCGGUGGACUGUCGCUUUUAACUCUGGAUUUCCCUUGUCUCGCGUUGUCUAGGAGAAUGAGAUUCAUCGUCCUACAAAGAUGAUUAUGGUCGAGAGCGUACAAGAAAGGAAAACGUUAACAACUUUGUAAAUCACACGGGAAAUACAUAACACUCGAGCUCCUGGA